AUGGCGCUCAAGCGCAAGGCGUCUUCCGGCUUGGCCGACGACCUGAUGAUCUCCUGCGGCGGCGACCACACCCACGCGCCGCCGCCCCUUGCUACCGGCAACAGCAGCUUCGUGCCAGCAGCGGCGUCGUCGAGGGCGUCGUGGGCAGAGGCAGUGGGCGCGGCGGCGGCAGCGCAGCGGGGUCGGAAGCGGUUCGUCGGCGUGCGGCAGCGGCCGUCGGGGCGGUGGGUGGCCGAGAUCAAGGACACCAUACAGAAGAUCCGGGUGUGGCUCGGCACCUUCGACACCGCCGAGGAGGCCGCGCGCGCCUACGACGAGGCCGCCUGCCUCCUCCGCGGCGCCAACACCCGCACCAACUUCUGGCCGCGGGCUGCGGGCGCCGCCGCCGCUGCUGCCACGUCGCUGCAAUACCCGCCGCCGCCGCCGUCCGCGCUGCCCUCCAAGGUCACCAACCUUCUCCUCCUCCGCCUCAAGAAAGCACGCAGCAGUGCAGGCGCUGUUGCACAACAAGCGGCGCCUCCAGUGCAACACCGGCAAGCCCAGCAAGUGUACGGCGGCCAAGAGGAGUACAGCUUCCAUGUCGACGACUUUCUUAGCUACGACGGCAACAGCACCGGCGACGAGCUCCAAGCCGUGAAGCACGAGGAGGGGUCCAACUGCUCCCAAGAAACGGAGGACGACGGCGAGGAGGAGGAGGAGGAGGAGGCGCCCCUGGACUUUGGGUUUAUGGACAAGCAGCCAUCGCCGGCCAGGGAGGCCGAUGACGCGGCGGGGCUCUACUCGCCGUUCGAGGUUGUGGCGGACGAGCUCGGUGGCGCGGCGGAGGUGGAGCCGUCGUCCGCUUAUGGAGGCGAAUCCACGGCGAGCGAGCCGUCCGGAGCGAUCGACGAGGUGAUGAAGAGGAUGAAGUACGAGAGGAAACUUUCUGCGUCGCUCUACGCGCUCAGCGGGGUAUCGGAGUGUCUCCGCAUGCGCCUCGGCGACGGCGGCGAUAUCGGUGCCGGGAGGCACGAGCUGGCGCUCUCCGGCCUGAGGGACGCGUGCAGGAAGCAGCAGCAAGAAGUAGUAGACGAGGGAGGCGUCAACGUCGUUGGCCAUGACGAGAGCUCGAGCUGCAGCAACAGCGUCUCGUCGGAAGCGACAAGCUCGUCGCCGGAAGCAGCGAGCCCCCCGCAGGACGCGAAAGCUGUCGACAGCGACAUGCUUCUGUGGAGCUCCCUUGAUCUACCUCCUAUUUGCUAAAGUUUAUUGUUACGUUAAUGAUAAGCUUAAUUAAUUUAUGAUUGUAGUAUUAGAGGUUGUCAUAUUGGUUUUAUUUGCCGCAUCUCGAUAGUGAAUGAUAUAUGAGUA